UUCGUCGUCUCACUCCCUACACCACAUAUCCCGACUCCCGCCCCUCUGAUCCGACUCUUUAGGGGUGUGCCGCACAGUCCAGUGCCCAUCUCGUGGCGACGCCUCCGAGGUCCGAGCGAUUAGCGACGCCUUAUCACUGCUAUCCAUCGAUUCGUUUGUUGAACUGCAAUUUCUGCCCUUUGUUGAACUGCUGUGAAAUCGAUAAACGAACCGAAUCGGUUCGGUUUUCAUUUUACAUCGUUCGGUUCGACAGAAUGCUCACCUGUAUUUUAAGACUUUUUGUGGAUCUUAAUGUAAAUUCAAAAACUUUAGAGGAGUAAUUUGUGAUUUGAAGAAACGGUGCCGUUGCAUUUGCUAGAAACCGGCGGCGGAAAGGUUUUGGAGCGAGAAAACAGAGGUUGCAGAAGCAGCAGAAGAAGGGUUUUGAAGCCGCUAUGGAAUCAAUUGUGAAAAAAUAUCAGCAGAGAUUCAGAAAGGUCAAAGAAGAAAUGGACAAAUGGGACCAUCAUCGAUCUCGCUUGCUUUCGCAAUUCAGAAACGCUUGUUCCAUAAUCGAGAGGUUAAAGGUGAUUCAAGAUUCUAACAAUUAUGGGGCUUUGAAUAGUGUGAGUGGCAUAGUAGAUGCAGUGUUGAGAAAGCAAAUGGAGUCCUUAGAGACCAUUUUUCUUUCCAUGAACAAGACACUGGAAGAGUUUCGUGGAAUUGUAUUGUUUCUUGAGAAGAUGCAUCGGGAUGGUAGGCUAUUUGUUAAAGUGGGUUCUAAUCAGCUGACAGCAAAACAGUUGCAGCAACGAAUUGGUAUUAAGCCAUGUCUUGCUGAUUGCUUGGAUGGGCUUAUGAUUCUUCAUGAUAUGCAUCGCUCAGAGUACAAGUAUCUUCUUAAAUCAUCUGUGGUAUCAGCACUUCCAGCGCAUAUCUUGAAACCCAGUUCCAGUGAUCUAGCUGCACUCCAGCAACUCAUGGUUGAUCAGCCUAAUAUCCCCAAAGAGGAAGUGGAUCUCAUCUUUGACAUCAUCUUUGCAGAAGAGAUCAGUUAAAUUCUUGUGUGGUUGUUGACAAGCUUUUAUAGCAGUGUGGAAACAGAAAUCUCAUUGGUAUAGUAGAGUUUAUGCUAGCAGCAUAAUGUCUUUGUGGAAGGAUUAUUUUGAGCAGCUUGAAGAAUCAACAUUUUUUCAGAUUAGUAGAGUGCAGUGCUGACAAAAAUUCUCAGUAUUGCCAGCGUUCAUUCUCCUCAGAAAAGUGACAUUCCUCAUCUAUACCUUAACAGAAUAUUCCUGUGAAAGACUGCAUGAUCUGCAUGAAGAGCUUAUUGCCCCAGUUACCCAUGUGUGUCACUGUGGCAGAUAUUUUCCCUAAUUCCUAUUGAGCAGAGUCAAUUUCAACUAUGGUAAUAUUUGGUUGUAUAGAGUUGAUUGUAUUAUCAUUAUGAGCUAAUCAUCCUGCAACUUAUCAGCUGUUUAAAGAAUAUUUGUCGAUGCUCAAGGACCUAGCGCAAACAGCUGUUGUUGCAAAGGCACGCUAUCCAACUCAUUGCAGGAAACAUGGUUGUCUUUGGGAAUGAGUUCUUUCCCAUUAUUGUAAAGAGGCAUCGAGAGUUUAUGUCAGAUUUAUGUCACAUGGGAUGUAUAUUAAUACUCUGUUUGCUUAAUUCUGUUAAUAUGGAACAGAAACACUGCUAUUUAAAAGUUCAACUAAUGCUCUAUUUGCUCAA